AUGGGUCCAGGGGGUUCAGACAUCGCGUUAAACCCCAUUUUACCUUACCUCACUUUCUCACCUCACGUCGCCAUCUCACCUAACCUCACAUCACCUCACCUAAUCAAACCUCAUCACCACACUGAAUCGCACCGCGCCCCACCGCGCCCGACCGCACCUCACCGCACCUCACCGCACCUCACCACACUUUACCGCACCUCACCGCACCAAACCGCACCUCACCACACUUUACCGCACCAAACCGCACCUCACCGCGCCCCAUCGAAUCUCACUGCGCCCCGACGCACCCUACGGCACCUCACCGUACCUCACCACACCCUAUCGUACCUCAUCGCACCUCACCCCGCCCAAACGCACCUCACCGCUCCUCACCGCGCCUCACCGAAUCUCACUGCGCCCCAACGCACCUCACCGUACCUCACCGCACCCCACCGUACCUCACCGCACCCCACCGCACCUCACCCCGCCCAAACGCACCUCACCGCUCCACACUGCGCCCAACCGCACCUCACCGAACCUCACCGUACCUCACCGUACCUCACCGCAACUCACCAUACCUCACCGCUCCACACUGCGCCCCAUCGCACCUCCCCUUACCUCACUGCACCUCGGUGCACCUCACCAUACCUCACCGCUCCACACUGCACCUCACCGCACCUCACCGUACCUCACCGCACCUCACCGCACUUCACCGCUCCACACUGCGCCCCAUCGCACCUCCCCUUACCUCACUGCACCUCACCGCACCUCACCGCACCUCACCAUACCUCACCGCUCCAUACUGCGCCCCAUCGCACCUCCCCUUACCUCACUGCACCUCACCGCACCUCACCGUACCUCACCGCACCUCACCAUACCUCACCGCUCCACACUGCGCCCAAUCGCACCUCCCCUUACCUCACUGCACCUCGGUGCACCUUACCGGACCUCACCGCUCCACACUGCGCCCCAUCGCACCUCCCCUUACCUCACUGCACCUCACCGCACCUCACCGUACCUCACCGCACCUCACCAUACCUCACCGCUCCACACUGCGCCCAAUCGCACCUCCCCUUACCUCACUGCACCUCGGUGCACCUCACAAUACCUCACCGCUCCACACUGCGCCCCAUCGCACCUCCCCUUACCUCACUGCACCUCACCAUACCUCACCGCUCCACAGUGCGCCCCAUCGCACCUCCCCUUACCUCACUGCAUCUCACCGCACCUCACCAUACCUCACCGCUCCACACUGCGCCCCAUCGCACCUCCCCCUACCUCACUGCACCUCACCAUACCUCACCGCCCCACACUGCGCCCCAUCGCACCUCCCCUUACCUCACCGCACCUCACCAUACCUCACCGCUCCACACUGCGCCCCAUCGCACCUCCCCUUACCUCACUGCAUCUCACCGCACCUCACUAUACCUCACCGCUCCACACUGCGCUCCAUCGCACCUCCCCUUACCUCACUGCACCCCGGUGCACCUCACCAUACCUCACCGUACCUCACCGCACCUCACCAUACCUCACCGCUCCACACUGCGCCCCAUCGCACCUCCCCUUAUCUCACUGCACCUCACCAUACCUCACCGCUCCACAGUGCGCCCCAUCGCACCUCCCCUUACCUCACUGCAUCUCACCGCACCUCACCAUACCUCACCGCUCCACACUGCGCCCCAUCGCACCUCCCCCUACCUCACUGCACCUCACCAUACCUCACCGCCCCACACUGCGCCCCAUCGCACCUCCCCUUACCUCACCGCACCUCACCAUACCUCACCGCUCCACACUGCGCCCCAUCGCACCUCCCCUUACCUCACUGCAUCUCACCGCACCUCACUAUACCUCACCGCUCCACACUGCGCUCCAUCGCACCUCCCCUUACCUCACUGCACCCCGGUGCACCUCACCAUACCUCACCGUACCUCACCGCACCUCACCAUACCUCACCGCUCCACACUGCGCCCCAUCGCACCUCCCCUUAUCUCACUGCACCUCACCAUACCUCACCGCACCUCACUGCACCUCACCGCACCUAACCGUACCUCACCGCUCCACACAGCAUCAUCGUCGCCGUUGUGGUUUUCAUCACCUAACGAGCUAUGGCAAAAAUAA